UAUAAUAAUAAUGAAAUUCGAAAUAUUAAUUAGAAAUUAUGUCAGGUGAUGUACGUCUAGACGUUAAAAACAUAGAAUUUACCACAACGCAAAUUUUAGAUAUCGAUAUUGAAAAUGUAGUGGCAGUAGGUGGUGUAUUUACUGUAAUAGAAAAGAGUGGUGACGAAAAGAUUGCUAUGGAAAGUAUGGAUAUACAGGAAGAUGCGAAUAAACUUUGCACUUCCCAUAUUAUAACUGAAGAGGAUCACCAAAAUAAUUGUACCCCAGAGCUCAAAAUAGCUUGUAAAGAAGGUUUGUUGACAGUUAAACAAGAGAGUGAUAACGACAAGAUUGCUAUGGAAAGUAUGGAUAUACAGGAAGAUGCGAAUAAACUUUGCACUUCCCAUAUUAUAACUGAAGAGGAUCACCAAAAUAAUUGUACCCCAGAGCUCAAAAUAGCUUGUAAAGAAGGUUUGUUGACAGUUAAACAAGAGAGUGAUAACGACAAGAUUGCUAUGGAAAGUAUGGAUAUACAGGAAGAUGCGAAUAAACUUUGCACUUCCCAUAUUAUAACUGAGGAGAAUCACCAAAAUAAUUGUGUCCCAGAACUUGAAGUAACAGCUACUCAAGAAGUAGUGUUCAUGGAAACGGGUAAACAAGAAGGUGUUAUACGCCAUUUUGGGAAAAAUAAUAAAGCCGGUAGAAUUAUUUCAAAAAAUGGAAAAUGUUAUAAAUUUUAUAAGAAAGAUAUUGUUGGUUCUUAUAAAUAUUAUAAAUCUCCCCAAAAAGCAGAGUUUGCUGUCGAUGAUUCACAAGCAAAUUGGGCGAAAGAUGUAGAAAUAGUGGGAAACAUUUAUGGCCAACGAUGUUAUUAUUGUUUAAUGUAUGGUCACUACACAGAGGAAUGUAUUCGAUUAGAUAUUGAUUCUUUAAAAUUUUACUAUCCUUACAUUUAAGGUACUAGUACAAUCUGCUAAGUUAUUCUAUUUAUUCAGUUAUUAUUCAAAUUUAA